AUGGGAGAGGACGAGCCGGCGACGGUAGGCUCAUCUUCUUCAGGCAUAGACUCCUCCAAUAUUGGGUUUCAGCUUUUGAAGAAGCAGGGCUGGACACAAGGAACGGGUCUUGGUGCUUCCCAGCAGGGUAGGCUAGAGCCUGUUAAAGCUUACUUGAAGGACAACAAACGAGGCUUAGGAGCAGAUACAUCAAGAAAUAAAUUCUUUCCGGUUUCUGAAAAUUCAGAUUCUAGUGGAAACUAUGAAAAGAACAAUAGCUUUGUGCAUUUGGUUCAGGAGGAAGAAGGUAUGGGAAAAGGCAUGGUGACUUCAAGUUGUUCAUCAAUAGCCAUCAAUCCCUCCAAUAUAGGCUUUCAGCUUUUGAAGAAACAUGGUUGGAAAGAAGGAACUGGUCUUGGGAUUUCUGAGCAGGGAAGGAUAGAGCCUGUACAAGCAUACUUGAAGAAUAAUAAACGGGGCCUGGGAGCAGAUAAAUUACAAAAGGCACUAAAUCCCCCUGAUUCUACUGUCUUGAAUCGAAAAAAUGACCAGGAGCUGCAUUCAAAAAAAGGCAAGGGACUCUCAAAGAAGAUGAAGAAAGAGCAGGAGUUAGAGAAAAGAUUGCAGGAGAGGGAAUUUGAGCGUGCCUUUCAUAGGGAGUUUUGGCCAGACAACGUUUGA